AGAGUGGUUUCUUCUAGGGAGUCGGUCUUGGCAGAUGCAUACGCCACCCAACUAACUCAUUCGCAGUAGGGAGAGAGGUCAGGCCAGUCUCGGAGUAGAGGCUUGUUCUGUUUCGAUUUUCAGUCACUAAUGACUCAGUGACGAAUGAAGCACAUAAAGAUCCGGCUAAGGAUAUGAGCGCGUACGCAGCUGACAGGACCCAAACACGCAGCAACGUCGGCCCGGGAGGAGCUUGCUGCGGCAGUGUCGAGAGCUCUGCGCAUGCGUCGGAGUGGUGCCGUGGUCCUGGCGCAUUUCCGCAGGGGUAGAGAGGCCUAGUUGUCCUCCUCUCCGGACUAAGCGGGCUCUUCGCGCCGCUAGCGUGUACCAGCUGCAGCGGUCAUGGGGAAGCUGAAUGUGGUGAUGCUUCGGUACCUCUCCAGGGAGCACUUCAGGGUCCUGACAGCGGUGGAAAUGGGCAUGAAGAACCAUGAAGUAGUUCCUGCUAGCUUAAUUGCUUCCAUUGCCAGCCUUAAACAUGGAGGCUGUAAUAAAAUUUUGAGAGAGUUGGUGAAGCACAAACUUCUAGCUUAUGAACGAACUAAAACUGUCCAGGGUUAUCGGUUAACUAAUGCAGGAUAUGAUUACCUUGCUUUGAAAACGCUGUCUUCCCGACAAGUCAUAAAUUCUGUUGGAAACCAGAUGGGUGUUGGCAAAGAAUCAGAUAUUUAUAUUGUUGCAAAUGAAGAGGAGCAACAGUUUGCAUUGAAAUUACAUAGGCUUGGAAGAACUUCCUUUCGCAGUCUGAAAAAUAAACGUGACUACCACAAGCACAGACAUAAAAUGUCAUGGCUGUAUUUAUCCCGGCUAGCAGCAAUGAAGGAGUUUGCCUAUAUGAAGGCUUUGCAUGACAGAAAAUUUCCUGUUCCAAAACCUAUAGACUACAACAGGCAUGCAGUUGUUAUGGAACUUAUUGAUGGCUAUCCUUUGUGCCAGGUGCGCCAAAUGGAAGAUCCUGCCUCUGUCUACAGUGAAUUAAUGGAUCUGCUUGUAAAACUUGCCAGUCAUGGUUUGAUUCAUGGUGAUUUCAAUGAAUUUAAUCUUAUAUUGGAUAAUGACGACCAUGUCACUAUGAUUGAUUUCCCUCAGAUGAUAUCAACAUCACAUGCAAAUGCUGAAUGGUAUUUUGACAGAGAUGUUAACUGUAUUAAGGAGUUCUUUAAGAAACGCUUCAACUACGAGAGUGAGCUCUUCCCAGCAUUCAAAGACAUCAGGAGAGAGUGUUCUCUUGAUAGAGAGAUUGCUGCCAGCGGCUAUACAAAAGAAGUGCACGAAGAUGGUGAACUGCUUUACCCACCAGGUUCUGAUGAGGAUGAUAAUACAACAGAGGUAUCAGAAUUUGUAGAAGAUGCUGAGAGUAAGCUCAACCUCUUCAGCAAAGAUAAAGAAAACAAUGCAGACUUCGUGUAUGAAGUGGGUGAUUUCUCUGAAAGCAGAACCUCUAACAACUUUAUGUAUAGCCAUGAAGAGGCUGAUACAACUGAAAGUAGAGAAAAUACAGAAAGGCUGAAUAUGUCAACGUUGAGUUCAGCCUUAGAAAAAGUUGAAGGGCAAGCUAUGCUUUGGAAGUCCAGUGAAGAUACAGAGAGUUCUGCAAUUGCUUUUUUUAAGGGCAAAAGCAUAACUGAAAAUGCUGCUGAAGUUGAAAAUCAGGCAGGUCAAGGAGUGUGCUGUAAUGAUAAGGAGAAUGAAGACAAAUGCCCUGAUCUGGUUGACUUGUCAACUUUAAACGAGAAAUUCAGACAUUACAGAAAUGAAGAGAGUAUCAUUCGUAUUGCCGAGCACAGAACAAGGACUAAAAGUAUCACAUCAGUCAGAAGUGUUGGGAGCUGUUCAACCAUUCCAGUGGAACUGGUGAAACAGAAGAUAAAACGUCAGCUGACCAAACAUCAAAAGUCUGUACUGCGGCAACGGCUGCAAAAAGGAGAGGCAAAUAUUUAUACCAAACAACGUCGAGAAAAUAUGCACAACAUUAAGUCAAGCUUGGAUGCAGCUAGUUUCUGGGGAUAAUUUAUUAAAGCUCCCAUGGAACAUGAGAAAACUCAUAAUAUAUACAGCUGAAAGAAUUAUGCUAAUCACCAAUAAUCCUCUUAUAUAAUGGAGCAAUCUCUUCUACACAACCAAAUGGUUUUCUGGAAGUUAAUGAACCUCAUUCUGGUUCCUGUGGUUUUGAUUGGGGGAUUUUGGUUUGUGUUUCUGGUCAAAACUGUUGACCGUAAUUUAAAUUAUAUUAGUAGUACAGGCUAAGAUCAUUUAACUAGAGUAAUUUCCAACAGUAUCCUGUUGUAAAUCAGUUGUACUGUGUUUAGAUUAAGAAUCUUCUGUUAUGUAAAGGAUUCCUCUUAAGAGGGAAGGAAGGGAAAUUUUUAAAACCAAUUUUUGCAAUGACAUGAAAUGUAAAUUUAAAAUGUUGCCCUCGUGUUAUAAACAGAUACUUGUUUGGUUUAAUUAAAAAUCACAAAUAUGAACCUGAUAGCAGUUAGUACUCUAAGAUUUCUUCUGUACCUGUACAAACAUGAGCAAUCCAUAUGAUGAAUAUGCAUUCUUUGAAGUCAGCAAAGCUCAUUUAUUUUUUCGUUCACUCCGAGAUCUCACUUAUAAAUCUUGCUCAGAAAAAUACGUAAUAACAACAGUGUUGUACAGACCUAGCAAGCACUCAGAUUUUUAAUGUGCCUGCACAGUUACCAAUAAAUUUAUUUCCUUUAUAUCUAAUAACGUACAUAAAGCGAGGGGGAUUCUGGAACUUCUCUUUUCAAAAAUAUUACCAUGACUUUUACUAUACUAUAUCCUUGGGAUCUGAAGACUUGGAAGAAAAACAAGUAUCUUCAUUUUUAUUUUUUAUUUUAAGCAAGAUGUGGCUGGUAAUAAAUUAUAUUUUGAAACAUAAUAAACUUAAGCAUUUGUGAAUGCUGAAGCAACUGGAGCAAGAGAGAGCAGUUUAAAUUUUUCUAUGUUCCUUCUUUUUAACCUUCUGUCCACUGUGUCUGUGCUUGAGAUGCGAGGUGGAGUCCUUCUUGGGAAGGACAACCUGGUAGAGUUGAGAUUAUCAAUCUGUAGUUUGGAAAAUCUUAAAUCUUUUACUUACCAGAGUAAAAGAAGUGAGGAACUUUGGCUUUGACCUUUUGUUUUCUGCUCGCAUGUCUGAUACUAUCUGUUCUUUGCCCUGUGUACCUGAUAUGUCUGAUACCUUGAUACCUGAUACCUAUGUUUUAGCUUGUUGAAGAAUUGCAUCCUCUAUCCUGUCUUGCAGCACGCUCUUGCUUUCGAAGUUUUUAAUUUUUGUCUUCUCUCUGGAACAGUAUAAAAGCUAGUCUCAGCGAGCUAACAGAUGCAGUAGAUAAGUCUUCCUUGUAGCAUCGCAGCUGCAUGAAAGUCUGUUGACAGAAUUAAGGAAGUCCGAUUAAAUCUUACACAUAAGUGAAUGCAGUCAAGGUAUGGAGGCCUGGUUCCUGAUACAGCUAGAGCUGAUCUUAGCAGGACUAGAAAAGCAAACUAAGUGAAUUUAAUUGCAUUUCCAUUUUAAACAUUAAGGGGAAAAAAAUCUUUUUAUGUUUCUAGGCUCUUAUCUGUUAAGAGACUGGUUCAGUGAUGACAAGAUUUGAGUUACUGUUCUCUGACUGAGAUGUGCAUGCACUUUCUGGCUUCUAAUUUAGGACUUCUCACAGUGAAUGAGUUCUUUUUGGUGUGUGACCGUAAGUCUGUCUUGGUAAUCGGUUCCAAAAAUAUACAAAGGCUGUCCAUUUGAUUAAGCACCAUAAGAAAAGAAAGGAUGAUGGAAAUCUUUGCUGUUUAUUUUUGUAUUGGGUCUAGCUGAGAUGGAGUUAAAUUUUCCCCACAGCAGCCCUUGUAGUGCUGUGCUCUGUAUUGGUAGCUAGAACAGUGUUGAUAACACACCAGUGUUUUGGCUACUGCUGAGCAGUGCUCCCACAGCAUCAAGGCUGUCUCUCCAACAUUGCCCCCCACCAGUAGGCUGGGGGUGGGCAAGAUCUUGGGAGGGGACAUAGCCAGGACAGCUGACCCGAACUGACCAAAGGGAUAUUCCAUACCAUAUGAUG